AUGCUUUCUACGGCAAAGUGGUUGGAAAGUCUAGAGUCCCUGCUUAGUCAACUAAAUGUCGCAUGGGAUGGAAUGCUUAUCCUAACUGGAGACAUGAACAUUGACAUGCUUCAAGCUGAAAAUAGUUUAACAAAACAAUACCAAUGCAUCUUGGAUGUUUUUGGUCUUCAUCAAGUUAUAGAAAAACCCACACGUGUUACGAAAUCCUCUAAAACAUUGAUAGACCAUCUUAUUACUAACUUCCCACAAAGGAUUGCUAACACUGGCAUUAUUCCCUGCUCAAUUGUCAGCGAUCAUGAUGGCAUUUACGCAAGUAUUAAUGUACAAGUCCCCAGGUUUGAAGCACGGCACAAAUAUAUACGGGAUAUUAAGUUUCUAAAUGAAAGUUUAUUUAUUGAGGAUUUCUCUACUUUACCUUUGUCUGUCAUAGCUUAUUCUGAUGACCCAGACGAACAACUAGAAUCCCUAAACUCCCUGUUCGUUGAGUGUUUAGAAAGGCAUGCACCCUUGAGAAGAGUUCGAGUGACACGUCCCCCGGCUCCAUGGAUGAAGUCUGCCAAUAUCCAAACUCUUCAAAAAGAAAGAGAUCAUUUAAGACAUAAAGCUCAUAAAAGCAACGCUGAUAACGGUGUAUGGACCGCUUUUCGACUUGUUAGAAACAACUUAAAGCCUGCAAUAAGAUCAGCACGGGAGGCAUUCAUCGAAAAAGCACUGUCUUCUAACAAAUCACGCGAUAUAUGGAGAGUUAUCCACUUGAGGCCUCUGCUGUGUCUUUGAGUGACCUGACAAGCCUAACAGACAAUCUGCCUGAACAGAGUUCUAAUGGCGAUCAAUUUAAUCUGAAACCUGUCACCCAAGAGAUCUUUGGCGAUCAAUUUAAUCUGAAACCUGUCACCCAAGAGGAUGUCUUCAAAUGUAUAUGUGCAUUACGCUCAGAUUGUUCCACUGGUGUUGAUAAUAUUCCAGCCAGAUUCGUCAAGUUGGUCGCUGAACAUCUUGCCUGUCCUCUAACUAGCAUAAUAAACAAAUGCAUUAGCAAUGCAUAUUUCCCAAAGCUGUGGAAAAUAGCCAGAGUCUCCCCAAUUCCUAAAGUAGAAAACCCAACAUCCAAUGACCAGCUACGGCCAAUCUCAAUACUCCCAGUGUUAUCAAAGGUGUUUGAGAAAUUUGUUGCUGGACAAAUGUCAGAAUUCGCAGAGAGAGCUGCGCUGCUACCUGAUCGCAUUUCAGGUUUCCGAAAGGGACAUUCGACAACAAGCGUCCUUUUGGGGAUACGAGACGAUAUCCGUCAUGCUAUGAAAAAAGGGGAAAUUACCUUGAUGGUCCUAGCAGACUUUGGCAAAGCAUUUGACACUAUUUGUUUUAAAAGCACCAUUGAAAAGUUUUAUAAGUUGGGCUUCUCAAAGGCCUUCCUGAAGUGGUUGCUGAGCUAUUUAUCUGGUCGUUCCCAGUUUGUGCAGAUAGACGAGAAAUCUUCUUCUCGUAAACCAAUACAUUUUGGAAUUCCUCAAGGAUCGAUCCUGGGGCCAUUGAUUCUUAACCUCUACGUUGCUGACUUGAAUGAUGUCAUUUCUUCUCAUACCAACUGUUCUCAGUAUGCAGACGAUACAACCUUGUAUAAUCAUUGCAAAGUGGCAGAUCUCACGACUGGGGAAACGAGCAUGAAUAAAACCCUCACUAAACUUAGCAAUUGGUCACAAGGAUCGAAUCUGGCACUUAAUCCUGCUAGUUUUGUGACUGGACGUUAUGUAAAUAGUAUUGAAUCGAUUUUAAAAUUGGGUUGGUUACCCAUGCGAGAACGAAGGGACUGGCAUAUUCUUAAAGCCGCACAUAAGGCGUUAUAUAGUAGCGAUUGGCCUCUCUAUGUUAGCCUUGAAAGGUCUGAACACACACAUGUUUUACGGUCUAAUGCUCAAGUCAAUUUAGUUAUACCUUUAGUUUCUAAUACCUUUCAAGAUUGUUCAGCUUCAUUAUUUAAUUCUCUACCAGCUGAUGUAAAAUCAUGCACAGAUCAUAGAGACUUCUCCAGACAAACUUUUAAUAUUUUAAAGCAACGCUGUCUCACUAUUUAAUUGUAAUGCUUAGGUCUAGGUUUGCAACUUUCUUACUAUUUCCUUAGAUAUUGUAGUAGUAGUUUUAUCAGGUGAAGAACCAUUGUAUGGAAAUACUGAUAAUAAAUCAUUAUUAUAUUAUUAUUAUUAUUAUUAUUACUUUGAGUGGCGGUAAAGAGCCAACACCUCUCCAUAUUAUGGUUGCUUAAGGAAUCCAUAGUCUAACAAGAUAUUUGUGCCAGCUACAACACCGUCAGGAGAAUCGAUGUUGAUAUCGCAGAACGGAUUACCACUACAGCAGGUGACAACAGAGUGCCAAUUCCCACUGUUCUUCAAGCAACAAGUCCACUGAAUGGAGCAAUGGAUAAUUUUGACCGCAACGAAAGCACACUUGCUGGCACAGGCUCUACACAUGACACUAUCACUAUUUGCCAAAAUGUUCCAGUCAAUGAAGAAAAAUCAUCCAAGGGAAGUGAAAUCUCGACAAGACUACCUGUUUCUCAAGAUCGGAUUUCAGUCAGGCUACGAUCAAAGGUGAAGUGUCAGGAACUUAUCUGGAUGGGACCAAUGAAACAGAGGAGAGAUAGACUUAUCAGCACAAGAUACAUUCACUGUGGUAACAUCGAAUGGUGAACCUAAUUCUUCAACCUUAGACGAAUGUCCUGUUGGAAACGUAUCAAUUGCUAGUGGCACUAAUACAACUGAGACGGUUACAACUACACCAGAAGCUGACGCACAUUUAACAACAAGCUCAAUAACAGAUGCAAGCGGCAUUCCAUCCAUAAAAUCAAUCAGUUUGGACUAUUUUCUGUGGCUUGUUAAUCGAUUAUCCAAAAGGAUAAUCGAGGAAGACAUCCAAGAUUACCUAAAAGGAAAAGCACGGCAAUCCCAGUCAUUUGCUUAUUGGUGUAGGUAUGUUUUUGAGCUUUUUUGAAUAGCAAGAGAUCUUACAAAUUCAAUGCGUUCUGGUGACUGGAUACUUUAUCUUAGCGCUGUUGAGAGAGCAACCUAGCUGUUUUUCUUUUCUGGACGGACACCUUUAUUCCUGCAGGAUUGUUAUCAAUUAAAAGAUAAGUUUCUACUUCUGCACAAGCUCAUACAUGAAUGGCGGAUUUGUUGUAAAUACCAACAGAACAGGCAGUGGGGUUCGGUUUGACCAAGCUCUGGAGCAAAGCUACAACCGACCUGCUAAAGUUAGCAGAGGUAUAAUCGGUUUUACUAGAAAGAAAGACGCUGUGGCUUUGUGGGGUAUCAUCAAACACAAGAAAGAUGAAUACGUUCACCUUUUUAAGAUGCAAGAUGGUGUAGAUGGAGAACUGUUUGUUCAUCACAAUUUUAACCAGAGUAGUGCAAAGAAGAUAAAAGAGUUGGUGCAAGACUUUGAAGAAUGUCCUUACAAGAGAGAUUGUAUCCAAAGUAGACUUGAGCAAGCUGUUGUGCUGUACUAA